AUGAAGACCUCUAUGAUUUUAGGAGUUGCACUACUCCUUCUUCCGGCAAGCUUCGCGCUGCCGGAGCCGCAAGGUAACCGCGGUGGUGGCAACAACAACGGCGGAGGUAGACCUGGAGGUGGGAACAACAACGGCGGAGGUAGACCUGGAGGCGGGAACAACAACGGAGGCGGAAGGCCUGGCGGCGGGAAUAACAACGGGGGUGGCAGGCCUGGAGGCGGAAACAACAACGGGGGAAACUGGGGCGGCAACAAUGGCGGCGGGAAUUGGAACCCCGGCCGCCCUGGCGAAAACAACGGCGGCAACUGGAACGGCGGCAACAACAACGGCAACGAGAUCUGGGGCGAAAUCAUCGGCGGCAUCGCUGGCGGUAUUGCCGAAGGCUGGUCGGAGAACUGGAGCGGCCGACAGGGCGGCUGGAGCCCCCAGGGUCUCGGCGGCUGGCGUCCCGUCACCGCGACGAAGACCGUGACGCGGACGGCGAACCCGUGGCGCCCCGACCCGACGGCGGCGCCGACGGUAUACCAGUACUGCGACCGAGAUAGCGCGAGCUGCGCGGAGGGGGAGUACUGCGUGGCGAAUCCGCGGAGCAACUGCGGGGCGGAGUGCGAUCAGUCGAAUAUCUGUGUGGAGCCGGAGAAUACGUGCGGGGGUGCGGAGGGGGUGGAGUGCGCGAAUCAGAUUUGUGUGGAUGAUGACGCAUAUUGCUUUGUGGGUGCGGAUGGGGGGGAGUGCCUUGGGGUUUGUGUUUGA